AUGUUCUAAAAACAAAAAAAUUAGAAAUCCUUGAUAUUAGAACUUGAUUAUGAAGUUGAAAGCAAGUCAAUAAAGAGUUCAACAAAAAUGAGUGAAUAAAAAUUAAUAUCUAAAUUUGUUGAUUUAUAUGAAGAAGUUAUUGUUCAAAUAAAAGGGUCGUAGAAUCUGGUAUCUAUUAUUUAAAUAUUUAAGUAUUUGAUUAAUAAAAUGGCCAAUUGUAAGAAUGGAGAUGUUUAUAAUGUUGAUAUAUUAUUGUCCAAUUUCAAAUAUCUAUUCACAUUAUUAAUCCAAGAAUUGGUAUACUUUCUUUAUUAAAUAUUAGAUUCAAUUUUAAAUGUAAGUAGACUCUCAAAAUAUUGAACCAAAUAAGUCCAAAUACAUGGAUUUGAAUUAAUUAAAACAUGACUUUUAAAAAAAUAAAUAUGUAAUACAUUUUUAUUGAUAAUUAUAGGAUAAAACUUAGUUAUAAUACAAAGUUUAGGAACUUGAAUAAGAACUAUAAGAAUAAAAAUAAUUAAAUACUACUAUAUGUCAAGAUUUAAUGGAAGCAAGGCAAAAAUAUUAAGUGAAUUAUAAAACUAUAUAAUAGGAAUUAUAAAGGAAAUUUAAUUAUGAAAAAUAAAUAAAAUAUGACAAAACUAUCUAGACAAUUUAUGAUUAAAACAUAAAAGAUAAACUUAAAUAGUUACACUCUAUCUAUUAAAUUAACAAAUCAUCAGAUGAGAAUAAAUCUAUUAAUAAUUAAAAAUAGAAAUUAACAAUAAUGACUGAACCUUGUGAUUCAGAGACUUAUUACACUAGAUAUGAUAGAUAAGGGAAUAUGACAGAAUAAAAUAAUUCCAUGAAUGGUAGAAUUAAUAGCAAGAAUAAAUAAUACUAAACAAUAGAAAGUAUUUUUAUCGUAAAGGUUACUUAGCUAUCUCAUCUGUAGGGACUAAUUAUAAAAAUGUAUCUGAUUCAUUCUCAUGUCUUCUAAAUAAUAGCUUUUAUAAUUAACGAUAAAAAUCUAAUAGUCUCUCUAUUGAUUAAUCUUUUGAUCGUUAUAAAAACGUCAAACAUGUACUAAAAUAAGGUCUUCCUAUGAACUCUAUUAAAAGCAAAAAAUAACCUUAAUUUAGUUGA